AUGCUCUCUCUGUCUCUGUCUCUCUGUUUCUCGCUCAGCUCUCUGUUGGGUGGCGGAUAUUGUCUCAUCGUAGAAGAAGUGGUAGUUGAAGAAGAAGUCAAGUCCAAGAAAACAAAAGAGAUUGAAGUAGACGCCUCAACACAAACUGGUUGCGUGUUCAAUGCAAAGCAAUAUUAUGACGGAGAUACAUGGUGGCCAGAGAAAUGCUCAGUUUGUACCUGUACAAACGGCGAAGCCUCUUGUCAGUUCAUCGCUGACUGUGACAAUAGUCUCUCCAUGUCGGCAGAGUUACCUCCCGUAGGAACCGUUUUCCGAAGAGGUCAACCUGGUGCAGUAGGUGAACCUGGAUACCCAGGCGCUCAAGGAGAAAGUGGAACUCCUGGUCGUAAUGGUUCACCCGGUGUCCCAGGACCACCAGGACCCCCAGGAGCUGUCAGUGAGAAUUUUGAUAUUUUUUUUUCUGUCACUAUCUAUCUAUCUAUCGAUCUAUCUCAGUCUAUUCCUAUCUAUCUAUCUAUCUAUCUAUCUAUCUAUCUAUCUAUCUAUCUCAGUCUUUUCCUAUCUAUCUAUCUAUCUAUCUAUCUAUCUAUCUAUCUAUCUAUCUAUCUAUCUCAGUCUAUUCCUAUCUAUCUAUCUAUCUAUCUAUCUCAGUCUUUUCCUAUCUAUCUAUCUAUCUAUCUAUCUAUCUAUCUAUCUAUCUAUCUAUCUAUCUAUCUCAGUCUAUUCCUAUCUAUCUAUCUAUCUAUCUAUCUAUCUAUCUAUCUAUGUAUCUAUCUAUCUAUCUAUCUAUCUAUCUAUCUAUCUAUCUAUCUAUCUCAGUCUAUUCCUAUCUAUCUAUCUAUCUAUCUAUCUAUCUAUCUAUCUAUCUAUCUAUCUGUCUAUCUAAUAUGCUAUUACUUUAAAUACGUUCUCUAUCCUUCACUUAGGCGUAAUUAUUAUGGAGUUGUAUUAAAUAAGCAUUCAUAA